UCACGUGACAGGCGAAGUCCGGCGAGGCAACAUGGCGGCGGUGGGACCAUCUUUUUGGCUGGGGAACGAGACAUUGAAAGUGCCUGUCGCACUCUUUGCCUUGAAUAGAAGACGACUGUGUGAUCGCCUGAGACUGAAUAAGGAUGUUGAGAAGAAUUCAGUUGUUCUGCUACAGGGUGGAGAAGAAACCCAGAGAUACUGUACUGAUACUGGUAUUGUGUUUCGCCAGGAAUCUUACUUUCACUGGACUUUUGGAGUAACUGAAGCAGGCUGCUUUGGAGCAGUAGAUGUUGAUACUGGAAGAUCCAUGCUUUUUAUUCCACAACUCCCUGAAAGCUAUGCCGUUUGGAUGGGAAAGAUUCAUCCCCCUGAAUUCUUCAAGAAAAAAUAUGCUGUGGAUGAAGUGCACUAUGUGAAUGAGAUAUCCAGUGUUCUGGCGUCGAAGAACCCUUCUGUGCUUCUUACUUUGCGUGGUGUUAAUACUGAUAGCGGAAAUGUCACCAAAGAAGCUUCUUUUGAAGGAAUCAGCCAAUUUAAUGUGAACAACAAAAUCCUUCAUCCUGAAAUUGCAGAAUGUCGUGUGAUUAAGACAGACAUGGAGUUGGAAGUUCUGCGCUACACCAAUAAAAUCUCCAGUGAAGCUCAUAAAGAGGUAAUGAAGGCAGUAAAAGCAGGUAUGAAAGAAUACGAGAUGGAGAGCCUGUUCCAGCACUACUGCUAUUCUCGAGGUGGCAUGCGCCACACUUCCUACACGUGCAUCUGUGGCAGUGGGGAGAACUCGUCUGUUUUGCACUACGGCCAUGCUGGAGCCCCAAAUAGUAAGACUAUUGAAGAUGGAGACUUGUGCCUGUUUGAUAUGGGAGGAGAGUAUUACUGCUAUGGCUCUGACAUCACCUGCACCUUCCCUGCAAAUGGAAAGUUCACUCCUGACCAGAGGGCUAUCUAUGAGGCAGUGCUGAAGUCAUCACGGGCUGUAAUGAAAGCAGUCAAGCCAGGGGUCGCCUGGCCUGAUAUGCACCGUCUGGCUGACAGAGUCCAUCUGGAGGAGUUGACUAAAAUUGGCAUUCUGAAAGGCAAUGUAGAUGACAUGGUGAAGGUUCAUCUGGGUGCAAUAUUUAUGCCACACGGACUUGGACAUCUGCUUGGAAUCGAUGUGCAUGAUGUUGGAGGCUACCCAGAGGGAGUGGAGCGCAUUGACCUGCCAGGGCUCAGGAGCCUGCGCACCGCCCGCAACCUGGAGCAGGGCAUGGUGCUGACCAUCGAGCCGGGCAUCUACUUUAUAGACCACCUCUUGGACCAAGCCCUCCGUGAUCCUGCACAGUCCUGUUUCAUCAACAAUGAUGUCCUGCAGCGUUUUAGAGGAUUUGGUGGGGUCCGGAUCGAGGAUGACAUCGCAGUGACAGCCAGUGGAAUGGAGCUGCUAACCUGUGUCCCACGUACUGUGGAAGAAAUAGAGGCUUUCAUGGCAGAAGGCCAAAGCAGUGCCAAGUCCUUUGAGUGCCUCUCCAGCCAAAAGCAGUAAACUUCAGGAUGAUACUUGCUGUCUAAUCACUCAUCACUCUGAUGUAAUGCUGCAGGAUAUACAGUAAAACACACCAAAUUCUUAAUAGCAAGAGAGGCAGGCAGGCUAUUAGCUGGAAUGAUCCAUUCAUUAAAAAUGAAGGUAGAAGGCUUCAGCACUUGAUAUCCAAGUAACUCAAAUUUACAUUGCCAAGUACCACCUGAAUAACCCUACUGCAUUAACAGCGGGACUUAUAUUUCUGUCAGAUCUCAGCUCAGACAUAUCUUGCAAUUAAAUCUGAAUUUUGGUGGUCAGGACUCUAAUUAUCUGAAUGCUGUCAGCAGUUGUAACAAUCUAGGUCUCUUUUUGAACUUUAUCACAGGUACUGUGAAAAUCAUAGAAUUAAAAAUAGCUGUUCUCGGUGAACAUGACACAUUUUUCUUACAGAUCUUGUUUCAGUGUCAAUGGAGUACACAGAAUCAAAUUUUUAUUAAAAUUACCCUUGGCAUCAUCUAUGCUCAACUUUGUGAUCAUUAUGCUCUUCUGCUCCAGUUCCUGCUUCUUUAUCUGACCUUUCUAGCAGUUUAUGCUCUGGAAAAUUUGACCCGUCGUUAGCUAGAUCUGUCUGCUCUGGAUAGUGGGCGUACUGAUCCUUAACACACAGCCCACUGCUUAUUAGAUUUGUCCAUCUAUUUGUUCCUUAAAAAUGUUGAUUGCUGUGGUAUUGACAAGCCUUAGAAAUAACAAGAAGGGAGAAUCUUUGCUGCAGGGCUCAGGGCCAUUCAGCAGCAUAUGCUGUGCAGAAUGAUUGAGUAUUUUUAACUAUCCAGUGUUAGCCCGCUCACAAUGAAAUCAUGUCAGCUUUAUUUGGAUACACCACAACCAUAGUAAUAAAGAUCAUAACUUGA